AGUAAACAACUGAGUUGUUAUUGUAAAAAAAGAUUAUUGAAAAAACUUGAGUUUAUCUUCAUGAUAAUCCACGAAAGCAUUCAUUUGUAGCUAUUUAUUGAAAUUAAUGAGUUGGAAGUAGUUUUUGAUUCGAAAACGCUUUUUUAACAUAAAAAGCAACAAACUGAGAGUCGUUCGAUAAUUACAAGGCUUGAUUUUUUUCGCAGCUUGUUCUAUCGACAGAUUUCGAACCUUUAUAGAUUGCGUUUGAAAAAACGUACUUUUAACUAAAUAUGGAGGAAGAAAAAGAGCUUGUGGCGAGUAAAAACACUGAAGUAACAGUCGACCAAAUGUUGACACAUGUUGGUGAAUUCAAACGAUAUCAAUGGCUGUUAGAUGCAAUUUAUUGCAUUAUGUUGAUUCCUGCAACAUACCAAGUUUUAAUCAUGUAUUUCGCUGCACUCAAUCCACCAUGGAGAUGCAUAAAAAACGGUACAGUUUGCACAUCAAACCAAACGUUUGAUGGCGAUGAUAAAACUCGGUGCAACCUCCCCAGGUCAGAGUGGGAGUAUACAGAAGCCAAAGAAUACUCCAUAGUUACUCAGUUUGAUAUAAAUUGCGACAAUGAAUGGCAAGUACAUUUAACAACCUCAAUUUUAUUCAUCGGGUGGGGCAUUGGCGCAGUUGUCUUAGGUUGGGUAGCGGAUAACUAUGGGCGCAAAAUUGUGUUGUUUCCCUGCAUGGUUAUGGUGAUACUUAUUGGGUUCGUCACGUCGUUUGUUCCAAAUAUUACGUUGUUUAUUUUAUGUCGGUUUGCAGUGGGAUUUUUCACACCGGGUACAUCAGUGCAAAUGUUCAUCUUGAUAUCUGAAGUUGUAGGCUCGAGGUUUCGACCUUUGGCCGGGAUUAUCUUGUGGGUUUUUUUCACUUUGGGUUUGUGUAUAUUAGGCUUAAAAGCUUAUUUCAUUAGAGAAUGGAAAAUAUUGUUUAUCGUGUGUACAGUACCUUAUGUAUUUGUAUUGUUAUUCUUCAAAUUUAUCCCUGAAUCUGUGCGUUGGCUACGCUUACACGGAAAAGUUGACGAAGCCAUGAAUAUUCUGGAGAACAUUGCUAAAUGGAAUAAACGAGAAAUCCCUUCCGGUGUUAGAAUUUGUUCGGCACCAAAGAGUGUGGAAGCACACAAGUCCAGCCCAUUGGAUUUGUUUAAGACUCGAAGAAUGGCUAUUAAAACUUUAACACAAGGUUACGGUUGGAUGGUUAAUGGAAUGGUGUAUUAUGGGUUGUCAUUGGCAGCAGACGAUUUAGGUGGUUCCUUAUAUAGGAAUUAUGUAUUGUUUAGUGCGAUCGAAUUUCCAGCAAUGGUAAUGGCUAUUGAUUUUUGUGAACGCUUUGGAAGAAAAAAAACUGUUAUAAUGCCUAUGGUAGUUGGUGGCAUCGCUUGCAUUCUUGUUGCAUUCGUGCCAGAUACAGGGGACGCAAAGUAUGUACGCGUUGUGAUAGGUUUGCUAGGAAAAAUGUGUAUCACGCUAAGCUUCGACGCCAUAUACACAUGGUCUGUAGAGAUAUACCCAACGGCUGUUCGGGCAGAAGGAAUGGGAUUUUUACAAGUAACAAGCAGGAUAGGAGCAGCCAGCGCACCAUGGGUCGCCAAGGGGCUUAGAUCAUUACAUAAGUCCGUUCCAUUCGCAUUUAUGGGCAUAGCAACUCUGCUAGCGGUUGCAGGCCUACUGGUCCUGCCUGAAACACGAGGCGUAGUGACAUCAGAAACGACUGAGGAAGAGCAAGAUCUACAGCUUCAAGAUGUGAACGAAAGUUUAUAAACCAUUUUACAAAGCUUCUUACGUGUCAUUUACAUGUUUUUACAACUAAUUUUUGUUAUGAUUUCAUAUAAAAACUAUUUUUAUAUUUAAAAGAAAUAUCUUUAAAGUUCAAUAACUCCAUUCUUUAGCUACACAGCGCAGAGUUUUUAUUUGCUUGCGGAUUCAACUAAACAUAGCAUCUCCGUAAACUAACUUGAUAAAUACACGAACAACGCCACCAAAGCGCAACAUAGAAAACAAACCAGACAGCAAGUCAAAUGUAAAGUCUCUUUUACGUCCACGACAGUUUGCAGAUUUUCAGCGUCCACAACUGUAAGAAAGCAUUCUUUACCCUUCCCAUUCUUUUCAACAUCAUAGGUAGAAAAGAUAGCUAUUUUUUCCUCAGGUUUGUAGCUGUUCAUCUCUUCUUGUGACAUUAGCAAAGUUGCAAUAUGUGUGUUGUAGAAGAUGUUGUGUUAAAUAUUA